GAAAAUCCAAUUUGAUCCACCAGGACAUAGUUACAUUCUGGUCAUCACCCGCUCACUUUAGCAGCCACGAUGGUGAACUUCUGGAUUACUCUUACGCUUUUCCUCAAUGCUCAUGCUGUAGCCUCGCAUAUCUUGAGGCCUGCACCUGUGGCCGAUAUCCAAUCCGAUAAUUCCGCUCGCGCUCUUCAAGACAGGGGUCUUGGGCAAGGCAGUCGUAGGGCGGCCCAAAAGUCAUGCGGCGAUUACAACUUCGUGUUCACUGGCUUGCCGUGGAACCAUCCCUCUGUCAAAGCAAGCGGUUUCACACCUGAACAAGUUGAAGCUGGUUUACGAGCAGAUAUGAAGGCUAUUGUAGAUGCUGGCUAUAACAUCAAGGCCGUACUUGUCGGGCCAGAGAACAGCCUGGACGAUAUCUCUUCCGAGCUGAAGGGUGUGAACUGGACAGGGACUGGCGUUGGAUUUGGCGUCCGAGGAAACCCUUCCCCGGUCAUCACACGCCGGCUGAUAGACAUUAUUCAACUGUACCGUGACGAGGUACCUCAAGCUCGUAUUCUAUUCAAUUAUUCACCUAACUCGACUGUUUGGGCUAUUCAGCAGUAUUUCCCGUCUCCGAGUUCUCUGGGCUGUCAAUGUGGUGGGCCUGGAAAAGACCUGGGUAUUGCAAUCCACUGCAGUGCCUGCUCCCCUCCAGUCUAAGGAAGACUGCUGAGCUAGAAAAGGGAACAGUGAUUACGUUUGCUGGACUGGAGCUUGCACAGCUUAUCAAUGAGAUAACCGGGAAGGCCUUUUUGGUCAAGAUUAUCACUUUACUGAAUUGUCCUCGUCCCUCUAGGCUCUCGAGACGCCUGCGUCCCUUCAUAGGGAAUAAUUGAUCUACUGUUCAUCUGUCAGUUACUUUUGCACAAGCCUUUCUGUGUCCCAUGGGCAGUUAUCUAUCGACUCUUUGAAAUUAAUGCUGAACCGGCUCUUCAACUGUGUCAACUGCAUUCUAGAGUACAAUCUCAAUACCCAUAGACUCGGCGAAUGUUGUUGUCCUUGUGCGCCCUGAAUCGGCAGUUGGAUAGAUACAUUCAAAAGGUAGUCGCAACAUCACUUAUCGAGUACCUACUUGCUAAUACUC